UUUUCUCAAUUAAGUGACUGUCUAAUUGUAUGGUGGUUGGAAUUAUUUUUUAGAAAAUUUAGGUUUUUUAAGAAAAUACAGGAAAAAUUAAUUAAAAUCUACGAAAAUUACAUUACACAAUGACAGAGUUAUUAAUUGAUCCCAAUAUUAGAGUCUGGGUAUUUUUGCCCAUUGUUUUAAUUGCUUUCUUUAUUGGUAUUCUACGACAUUAUGUAUCCAUACUGAUAGCUUCACAGAAAAAGGCCGAAAUAACCCAAAUACAAGACAGUCAAGCCAUGAUAAGGGCACGUUUGUUGAGGGAAAAUGGUAAAUAUUUGACUGCCCAUUCCUUUGCCAUGCGCAAGAAUUUCUUCAAUAACGAGGAAACGGGCUAUUUUAAGACCCAAAAAAGAGCUCCAGUGGCACAAAACUCCACAGCUAUGUUAACGGAUAUGUUAAAGGGUAACUUCAUUAAUGUCUUACCCAUGGUGGUUAUAGGUGGCUGGAUCAAUUGGAUGUUUUCGGGUUUUGUAACCACCAAAGUACCUUUUCCCUUGACUUUAAGAUUUAAGCCCAUGUUACAAAGAGGCGUAGAAUUGGCUUCUCUCGAUGCUGCCUGGGUGUCUUCAGCUUCUUGGUAUUUCUUAAACGUUUUUGGUUUAAGAUCUAUUUAUACAUUGGUCUUGGGUGAAAACAAUCAAGCCGAUCAGACACAAGCCCAAGCUGAUGCUAUGACCGGUGCCGCUAUGACUAUGCCACAAGAUCCCAAAGCGGCUUUUAAGGCAGAAUGGGAGGCUUUAGAAAUUACCGAAUAUCAAAAUGCUUUAAAAAAUGUAGACAAUGAUUUGCUACAAAUGGCUGCCGGUGAUGCUCAUGCAGCUGCCCAAGAGAAUAGUGUUAGACAAUAGAGCAUUUAUGUGCAUACAGUAUGUAAGAGUAUUUAAAAUAUUUGCUGUUUAAAUUCUUUUUUUCUUUACACGAAUAAUAAAUCAAUAAAU